UAUUUAUUUCUUCCACUUUUCCUGCAAAACCCUAAAUUCAUUUCGCUUGAAAAAAUUCUGUAAUCUGUCAAACAAUUUUUCAUUUUCUUGUAACAUUUUCCUUUUUUUUUAAACCGAAUUUUCUGUCAAUAUUCAAGCUCUGUGUAUUCUUUGCAAUGGUGGAGAUUUAAGCCACGGAACUGUAGUUUAUUCUGACAAUUUACUGUCUUACUGUUGUUUUAAUUUUUCAGUUUCAAAAAAGUUUCUGGGUUUGUUUUAACUUAAUUCAACUUGUCCAGUUUUUAAUUUUUUUUCUGGGUUUGUUGUUUAGUUCAUUUUCAGCAUGAAGUUUCAAUUUGUUUUGUUAAAUUCCGCUGCCAAAUUUUUGGUUUAGUUUUUUUUUUUUUUUUCUGGUAUUAUUCACUGAAAAAGCUUGUACCUUUAAUGCUGAGUGUUUAUAGAUUUUUAGAGUUUCAGAGGGUUAAUUUUUUAGGGUUUUAAUUUUGUGGAUCUAUGAAUGGAGGCAAAAGAGCAGAAUAAUUACGUAAGUUCAGGAGCUACAGUGAAGGCAGAUGAAGCUCCAGAUAGCUUCAGGGCGGCCCCAAUCACUGAAAAUACAGGCCCAGGACCACUUCCCGGGCCCACUGUUUUACCCGCCGCCGCCACGUCGGCAUCACCAGUAAGUAUGGUGGCGCUGGAGUCUGUCUUAGCACCGCGCUCAGCCCCUGGUUCGGGCUCAGAAACGAAAAAGAAGAGAGGGAGACCCAGAAAGUACGGUCCCGAUGGGAAAUUAGCCCUGACAUUGUCCCCAAUGCCGAUUUCUUCGUCAAUUCCUUUGACGGGAGACUUUUCUGCUUGGAAACGGGGUAGAGGGCGGCCGCUUGAUAACAUCAAGAAGUCUUAUAAGUUUGAAUAUGAGACUCCAGGGGAUAAGAUUGCAUACUUUGUUGGUGCAAACUUCACGCCCCAUAUACUCACUGUUAAUACUGGCGAGGAUAUUCAGAUGAAGAUCAUGUCAUUUUCUCAACAAGGAGCUCGUGCUAUCUGCAUUCUCUCUGCAAAUGGUACAAUUUCAAAUGUUACCCUUCGCCAGCCUACAUCUUCUGGGGGUACUCUAACAUACGAGGGUCGAUUUGAGAUACUUACCUUGUCUGGUUCAUUUAUGCCUACUGAGAAUGGAGGAACAAAAGGCAGAUCUGGUGGAAUGAGCGUCUCUUUGGCUGGCCCAGAUGGUCGUGUUGUGGGUGGAGGACUUGCCGGGCUGCUGAUAGCAGCUGGCCCUGUGCAGGUUGUCAUCGGCAGUUUUCUGCCUGGUCAUCAGCAGGAGCAGAAGCACAAGAAGCAAAGAACCGAGCCUGCACCAGUUGUAACCUCCCCUAUUCCGAUGACUAUCACUACUCUACCUGCAGAAGAAUUAAAGGGUUUUGUUACAUCUUCAUCCUUCCUUGGAGACAAUUCAUCUUCUUUGAACCCCAUGCAGGGGCUCAAGAACUCAGCUGCUGACAAUAAAACACCUUCACCUGGUGAAGAAUCAAAAGGGCCCAGCCAAUUGAACUGUGAGGUUUCAUGUUGAUCAUGUGGAGACUCUGUGUUGUCUGUACCUUCAAAAUUUUUUUUUGUAUUGGUAAACACAACAGCAUUUAGGUUCUCGCAAACUCCUCCAAAAUCAAAUAAACCCAGAUGGCCAUAUAUUAAGGGCAAAGCAGGGUUUAUUGUGAUGUUGGUUUUAACGCAGAAUUGUACUCUCAUUAGGCUGAGGUAGGACUUUUAAUUAUUAGGAUCCCUGUGUCUGUGGUUGUUGUCAUUCUGUAUUUUCUAAUGUUGUGUUAUUGGUGUAGCCUUUUUAAUCUGUCAAACUGGUGUGCCAUUAAUCCCAUUGGGUACUUUUUUGUAUCAUUAAGAUUGAAUUUAAGUUGGUGUUUUGAAUC